GGUACGUGAGUUACUAUGGCAACAUACACUUUAAAUAACGUUUAUUCUAGUUCUGCUCGUGCUGCAGUCAUUGACACUCAAGGAAAACUUGUUUCCAUUAACGUAGAACCAAUUACGACAUAUAAUCCAAAACACGACAUUUUCGAACAAUCAACCGAUAAUAUCUGGUCAAGCAUCAUAAAAUGUGUACGAAAUACAAUCAAGACAGCCAAUCUAUCACCCGAGAGCAUAAAAGGUAUUGGAUUUGACGCCACUUGCUCUCUAGUUGCUCUUGAUAAACACGGCAAACCAUGUUCCGUUGAUCCCGAAUCAGGCUUUACAGAACAAUCUAGAAACGUCAUCCUAUGGGCUGACCACCGUGCGAUUGAUCAAGCAAACCGUAUCAAUGCAACAUGUCAUUCCGUUCUACGUUAUGUAGGCAAUACCAUCAGUCCUGAAAUGGAAAUACCAAAGACACUAUGGCUCAAGGAAAACAUGCCUGCAAGCAAAUGGGACGCUAUUGGCUAUUUAAUGGAUUUGCCGGAUUUUUUGACAUACAAAGCAACAGGUGCAACAACGCGUUCGACGUGCUCACUUACCUGCAAGUGCUCGUAUCUACCACGCUUGGUGGGUCAAGGAUGGGAACCUACUUUUUUCAAGGAUAUCGGGUUAAGCUGUCUCAUCGAUGAGAAAUUUGCUCGUUUAGGCGCUGUGAAUUCUGAUGACGUUGCCGAAGCUGGUGACCCUCUUGGAAAUGGACUUUGUGCACAAGCCGCUCAGGAUCUAGGACUACUGCCAGGCACGCCCGUAGGUUCGGCUGUAAUUGAUGCUUAUGCUGGCGCACUGGCGACCCUGGGCGCUACUUCAAGCGAUAAUGAAAGGAGUGAAUUACUCAGCCAGCUGGACCAUAGUCUAAAGACACAGGGGCCUAGCCGUCUGGCAAUUAUCUGUGGUACAUCAAGUUGUCACAUCACCAUGUCUCCAGAACCCAUCUUUGUUCCUGGUGUCUGGGGUCCAUAUCGCUCUGUGAUGGUGCCUGGCAUGUGGCAUGCAGAAGGUGGACAAUCCUCAACCGGCCAAUUGAUUGAUUUUAUUUUGAAUACACAUCCUGCUAUCCAUGAAGCAAGAGAAAAGGCGGGAGAAUCCAACGUGUACAAUUUUUUGACAGAUCAUUUGAAAAAACUUCAAGCACAGCGUAAUGUGAAGCAUAUUGAAGAAUUAACCAGGCAUUUGCAUAUCUACCCUGAUUUCCACGGCAAUCGAUCUCCACUUGCGGAUCCAACAUUAAGAGGCACUAUCGUCGGUGUUUCGUUGGAUAGAAGUAUAGACGAUUUGGCACUUCGUUAUCUGGCCACACUGCAAGCAAUAGCAUGCCAAACAAGACAUAUAAUCGAAACAUUAAACAAGGAAGGCUAUCUGAUUGACACUCUAUGUAUAUCAGGCGGUCUCUGUAAGAGCGAGCUGUUUGUAAAGAUCAUUGCCAAUACCACACAAUGUCGUCUCAUCAUGCCCGAAUCCAUCGAAGGAGCAGUCGUGAUCGGUGCUGCCUUUUUAGGAGCAAAGGCGUCUGGUCUCAUCUCAUCUGAUUUAUGGGAAAUCAUGGUUCGACUUGGUCGAUCUGGAUCUACUGUUAUGCCUGAUAAAGAAGCCAAGGAACUGAAUGAUAAACGAUACAAUGUGUUUUUAGCCAUGCUUGAAGACCAAAAGAAGUAUAGACAAAUGAUGACGUAGGUUUGCAAUGUAUAUAUUCUUUAUGAUCAUUGCUGUAAUCGUCUCCGGAUUAUCAAUAUGACUUAUUAUCUGAUUUUUUAAGAGAUGUUAAAAUAAAAAUCAGAUAAUUGGUUUCUUAACCCCGAUUGAGAGCUCUUUCUUUUUCAUUUCUUAAACAUGACGAUGAAUGAGCAAACGCCUCUCUUGAAUAAAACCAACCAAGUCACUUGUUGUUCAACAAAUGGAAAUGCUUGUUGUGCGUCAAGAAGAAAGAGUAGUGGUCGAUUACAAAAGAACGGAUUACCAAUUGCUAAUGACGAAGAUUAUUGCUAUCUAUCAGAACAAAAGUGGCAGUAUAAGCUAAUAGCCUUGCUUUGUGCCAUAUUCUUAGCUGUCGGAAGUCAUUUUGCGGCACACACCCUUGGAGCUAUGAAAAAUACUAUCAAAACA